GCUUUUAGUUUCGCCCGGGACAUUAGAACCGACGUUCUAACGUGCAACAAUCCGUCCAACAGAGGAUCCGAAAUCAUGUUCAGAUUACUGAUCCCGUGCCUGAUAUGGCUGUCGAGCGUUCGCUCGGAGACGGGCGUGAGCAUGCACAUGGCGGAGGGCAUGAUGGAGGACAAAGCGGCGAUGAAAAGGGAGUCGUACUACAACCCCUGCCCUCCGACAUACGCUCACCCGAUCUCGUACUCACCGCCACCGCAAAUUUACGUGAAACCGUACGUGCAGCAGGCCCCGUUACAGUACAUCCCGAAGCCGAGCAUCACCUACGUGAAACCGUCACCGCCCCCGGUGAUCGUGCCGCCCGUGGUCAAGGCGGCCCCCGUAAUCGUGAAACCGAUCGCCCCUCAGCCGAAAGUGGUUUACCCGAUCUACCACGAGAAACCGAUGAUAUCGUACGCGCCUAUCUACCAGAAGCCCGUCUACUACGCGCCCAUGUACCAGAAGCUCAUGUACCAGGCGCCCAAGGUUUACCUGAAGAAGUACGAAUUGCCGGCGAUCACCCAAGUGAUCGCCCAGAAACCGCACGUCUCCUCCUAUCCGAUCCAGUAUCACGAGCCGAAGGUGGUCCAAGUGCCCGCACCCCAGAUCAAUUACGUGAAGCUCGCCCAACCGAUCGUCCAUUCCCCGCCUGUCUACCAAUCGGCCGUAAAGCCGUACUGCCCCUAA